AGCAGGGGAAGUUGCCUGUAGCUUCGACCCCUCCACUGACUUUGCGGCGCCAGCCCUCCUGCGGGAACCACACGCAAAGAAAGCCAUGGGUUUCCGCAAGAAGAACAAGAGCCCGCCGGUGCUGAGCCAUGAGUUUGUGAUCCAGAACCACGCCGAUAUGGUUUCGUGUCUGGCCAUGAUCAUCCUGCUCGGCCUGAUGUUCGAGGUCACGGCAAAGUUUGCCAUCAUGUUCAUCACAGUCCAGUACAACGUCACUCAAGUUCUCGAUGAGAAAAGUGAGCCAGUGAACCUUUACCAGUACGGCCCUAAAGACGUGGCGACGGUGUUCUUCUACCUGCUCAUAGCCGUCAUUCUUCACGCCUUGAUUCAAGAAUAUAUCCUUGAUAAAAUCAACAGGAGGUUGCACCUGUCCAAAACCAAACACAGCAAGUUCAACGAGUCUGGACAGCUCGCUGCGUUCUACCUGUUCUCCUUCAUCUGGGGCUGCAGCAUCCUCACAUCGGAGAACUUUGCUACAAAUCCUACUUUCUUAUGGGAGGGUUACCCACACGCUCACAUGGUUUUCCAGGUCAAGUUUUUCUACAUUUGCCAAAUUGCCUAUUGGCUCCACGCACUUCCUGAGUUGUACUUUCAAAAAGUUCGGAAGGAAGACAUCCCCCGCCAGCUUUAUUACAUUUGCCUUAACGUUGUCCACAUCACUGGUGCCUAUGUCCUAAAUCUCCACAGACUCGGCCUGGUGUUACUGGUCCCUCAUUACCUGGUGGAGCUUCUGUUUCAUGCGUCACGCCUCUUCUACUUUAGUGAUGAGAACAAGCAAAAAGGUUUUACUCUGUGGGCACUUCUUUUUGUCAUCGCUCGCCUCCUCACCCUCACACUGUCAGUUCUGACGUUUGGUUUUGGCCUGCCCCGGACAGAAAACCACGGCUUUUCCUUAGCUGAUGGCAACUUCAAUGUGCUUACCAUAAGGAUGACGUGCCUAGCAGCCAUCUGUCUGACACAAGCCUGGAUGAUGUGGAAGUUCAUCAAUUUCCAGUUGAAAAAGUGGAGAGAACACAGCCAGAGCCAAGCAGCAAAGAAGAAGACAGUCAGCCCAAAGAGCAAACCGCCUAAAAGGGAAACAGCGAAGGGAGGCGCUGCCAAUGGAGUUGUCAAGGCUGAAGAGAAGACGUCGCCACGGGCAAGAAAAGCCAAAGCUUCUUAAAGAUGGAGGAGUUGUGGGAGGAAAUGAGUAGAAUAGUUCUGACAAUGAGACGUCACGUCUUUACAACACAUCAGAUUUAUUUCUGCUGCUCUCCUAAACAAACAAACAAAAAUGUGCACACUAAGAAACCUUGCAUCACUGUCCCUUUGGGCUUGAAGACCCUUUCUAAAAAAAAAAAGUACAGUGUUACUGUGAGCCGGAAGCGUUCAUCAUUCAUUUGGGAUCUGCUGCUGGUGGUGUGUUGGCAGGGCUGGUUUUGAUGCUUUAUUAUGAUGGGUUUAGUUUUUUUAAGUGUCCUUUUGUGUAAAACUGCGUUCACUCGUGUACUUUUAAUCCACGUGGACUUGUCUCCCUUCACAGUACCUUAUGAAGCCAGUUUCAACUUCAGGUGAACUUGUUGUAAAUUAGCAGUAGAUUAACUGCACUGUGGUUUUGAUUU